CGAGGGACGGCUGCUCGGAAAGGUUAUCAGGUCGGGUAAGCUCUGGCACGACAUCCCCCGAGGAAGAGUCGCCGUCGAAGCACCCGUCUUGCCGUUCCGGUUUCCAGCAGCACAUAUCAGACACGGAACAUGGCUUGUCCCAAGGCUGUGAUGGCGGCCGUAGUGUUUUUGAACCAGACUCAAUGCUCUCCGAUAUACCAAGAUCUCUGCCGUGUCAGGGGUCAAGUCAUAACCCUCGCACUUAUUACGGGCGUCGAGGACGGCGGCACUUUGCCCCCCCUCCCUCGUCAGCUGAGCCGCAACCGUCGCUCUUGCGUAGUCGUAUCCUGGCUUUUGAACCAAACACCCCGGGGCGCUCUUGUACUGCCUAGUCGCAUCUUGAGUGCCGAGCCUGGUCCGUCUCCCAGUAGCACGCGCUCAAACUCCCGCAACACGAUCAUGCCGCUCGCGAAGACAGACAGUCCCUAGCCAUGUAAGUCGGGCAGGUUUCCCAACCCUCCCCGGGAAGAACAGGGCUGUCCCUCUUGCACAGCGACCCGAGUCUUCUGGGGGCCGGAUCAGGUGGGCAAUACCCAGACGAUCGACUC